AAACUACUUGUGUAAAAUUAAUGCAUUAUCUUUGAUGAGUUUAUUCAAUACUUUUAAUCACUCUUUUUCUCCUGAUAAAUCAUUUUUAUAAUUUUAUACAGUCUAUUAACACACUACUAUAAAGUCUUUUGCAAAUUUUGUAAAAGUUUAAUAUAAAUUAAAGUUACAGCCUUCAUAAUUUUAAUAGAAUAUUAUGUUUUCCGGUUUUUUCAGUAACUUAUAAAUUUAUACAUGUUAAUAUUUGUAGUAAAUGCAUAAAAUAACACUAUUUUCACUGGCAGUCGUAUCAUACAACAUUUUUAAAUUAUCACUAAUAUCAUCCAUCAGUAAACAUAAUUAUAGCCUUAUAAAAAUACAAGUUCUAAUUUAAGGAUUUUGUUAUAAUAAUUAAGAUUUUUAUUAAGUAAUAUCAAUCAAAAAAGGUAUUAUAACAUUGACCUUAUUCAUAUUUUGCUAUGAGUACCAUCAUAUAUACACCAGAGAGAAGUGCAAUAAUUUCUAAUACAGACUGUCCAAAUUUGGUAUCGGUUAAAAGUUCUGGUAUUACAGAUACUGUUGCAAUAUAAAUAAAUCCACCAGCUGUAAAUGGAAGAAUCCACAUAGUUGCAAGAUCAUCUGUAAGUUCAAAUAACAUUUUGAAUGGCAAAUGAAUCAAUCAGAACUAUGUUUAUUGUAAUAUCGUGAUUCAUUUUUACCUAUGCCUUCUGCAAGCAAUGAUACACAGGUUCCUAACAUAGCACUGACUGCGGUACCAACCUGAAGCAUCAUAGCCUGUAAUAAAGAUAACAUAUUUAUAAUCUGCCUCUGACAACAGAGAAUUCAUCUCUCAUAUAUCUUACUUUUCUCUUACUACAGCCACUUUGUAUUAAAAUAGCGAAAUCUCCAAUUUCAUGAGGUAUUUCAUGUAACAAAAUUAUAAUAGUGGUAAUAAAACCAAUAUUGUUGCCAGCUAAAUAACUGGCUCCAAUAGCUAGGCCGUCUGUAAAAUUAUGUAAAAAGUCUGCAGCUAGGUUUAAGUAUCCAGUAAUUUUCAUUUCAUUCUGAAGAUCCUUAGAUUCCUUAGAAGCUACAUCACAUUUAUCUGUAUUUUUGUUUUUAUUGUUUUUCUUUUCUUUCGAUACAUUUUCUGUGAUGCUAUGUACAUGUGAGUGAGUAUGAUCAGUUUUUAUAAGUCUUACUGCUUUCUCCACAAUUAAAAACAUGAUUAUACCUAAUAAUACGCAUAAACCAACGGACAUAUCAUGGACAUGAUGGGAUUCUUCGUCAUCAUGGCUAUGAGAAUGUUGGUGUGAAUGUGUUUCUUUAGACUCAUUUGAGUGAGGAACCAAAGCAUGUGGUAUUAAAUGUAAAAAUGCAUCUCCCAGCAGCCCACCAGAUGCGAAACUUAACAAUAUCUUUAGCAAUGGUUCACGUUCUUUUGUAUUGUCUAAAGGAACAAAGAAUAAAAUAAGAAGUGGAACCACUGAUAUAAUUAAAGUGGAUGUAAUAGCUUUAAGAAACACAUUCUGUGUUUUGUUGGAUGUAACUGGUUUCUGUUGAUGAACAUGUUUAUUGUGCUCAUCCUGAACUACUUGAUGAUGGUGUAUUGAAUGUUCCAUGUGCACUUCAUUAGCUUCCUUUGUGUACUUAAAACUUGGUGAUUUAUCAUGACUGUGGGCUUGGCAAAGGGUUGGCAAAUUUAAUACUAUAAGUGUCAGAAAUAUUGUAAAUACAAUUUUUGAAAUCCAUUUAUUUGUAUAAUUGUAUUGGUUAUCUUCUGUCGCCAUAAUUAUUUCCACAACUUUUUACGAAUUGAUUAAAAUGUAAUUAAUGUUAAUCUAAAUCUUAAUUUGAUUUUAAUUCUAAAUCUAUAUUGCAGAGAAUAACUUUUUGUGGCAUUUAUUAAAAUAAAAACACAGCCACGUUGCAAGUUAGUGUUAUCACAAUGUGUUCAGUUCGUUUCUUGAAAAGUGAUACUACAUGUUGGCAAUGCUGAUUCACUGACAUUGGCCAGCCUCAACAUUUAUAAAUUUGAAAUUUAAGAGAUCGUUACAACAAUGGUCCUAUUACUUAAAGCUAAAAAUUACACAUAAUUGCUGAUUUUAGAAUAAUAUAUUGGUUAGUAGAAAUAUGUAGCUAUAAUACAUAUUAAGGAAGAGAAUGUACAAUAGGUUUCACACAAAAUGUUCGUGUAGGAAAAUUCGUUGCUCGUUAUGGCGACUAAAAUUUCAAUUGGUUAAAAUAAACGUAGAAAUUGCAUGCCGCUGUCAAUAAACCAACGUUUUGCAAGGUUAGAUAAUUGAAAACAAAAUUUUUAUCAAGUAAAUGUCUUAGAUUUAAAAAUAUCUUACACAUGAUAUCAAGAUGGAACAUAAUACAUUGAAAACUAUGAGGUAUGGAUUUUGUGAUGCCAUUUUUUCAAGUUCACCUAUUAAUUUCGACAAAGAAAAUACAAAUUCUCUUAAUAAAACGGAAAAAAUGUGCUCUGACAUGUUUGACACCCCUUACAAAGGGAUUCAAAAUCAACAGGAGAACAAAUGUUUGAAACUUGAAAAACGUAAAAUAUUUUUUAAUAAUGAAUCAGUUGAAAAUUCUAAAUUAACAAACACACCAUCUAAUUCAAAUCUUACACGUUCAAAGUCUGUAAAUACACUUCAAAGGAAACAAGUUUUAUUCCCUGAAAGUAUAUUACCCAAUGAAAAAUGUAAAACAACAAAGAUAAUAUCGACAACUCUGUUAAACGAUAAAACACCAACAGUACAUUUUUGUACUCCUAAACAAUAUAAAACACGUACCGCUACAAGUACUACAAAAAUAAAUAUUUUACCUGCAAGCAAGACACCUAUAAAACGUUAUUUUAGUGACAAUGUUUUAUCUGAAGCAACACCUGAUUGUUUUAGUGUAGUACAGGUAGAAACACCAUCUGUUAAAUUAAAUGAAGUUGGUGUAGAUGAUCAAACAGUAAUUGAGGGAGAAAGUAGUAAUUUGAUUGUAGGAAUACGUGUUAGACCCUUAAAUGCAAAAGAAUUAAGUGAUUCAAAAAUCACAUCAGUUGUGCAAGUUAAUGACCAAAGUAUCGUUGUCAAUUGUGAAUCUGUUCAACACACUUUCACGUAUGAUCACUGUUUUGUGUCAUAUGAAGAUUCAACAAAAAUUGGUCAUGCCAGUCAAGAAACUAUAUUUAAAAAUAUGGUUCUACCAUUAAUACAAAAUGCUUUCGAAGGAUACAACGUUUGUUUAUUCGCCUAUGGACAAACAGGCUCUGGUAAAAGUUACAGUAUGAUGGGUCAAGAAUCUUCACAGACAAAUCCAACAGUGUUCAAUGAAGCAACUGGUAUUAUACCCAGAUUUUGUCAAAACAUAUUUUCAAGAAUAUCUACAAAUAUCAACAUCACAACCACAGUAGAAAUUAGUUAUUUUGAAAUUUACAAUGAAAAGAUACACGACCUUUUAACGAAUGUUAACAAUGGAGUAAAAAGAGCUCCCCUUAAAGUCAGAGAACAUCCUGUAUUCGGUCCAUACAUUGUUGAUUUGAGUCAACAUUGUAUACAGAAUUACAAAGAUUUGCAGACCUGGCUUAAAGUGGGCAAUUCUCAGCGGGCUACUGCAGCAACAGGAAUGAAUGAAAAAAGCUCAAGGUCUCAUAGUAUAUUUAGUAUCAUAUUAACACAAACACAAGUGAAUAAUCAUUCAAGCAAGGACCGUGUAGAUCCUAGUCGCCGCAGCAAAAUUAAUUUAGUGGAUCUAGCAGGCAGUGAGAGACUCAGCCAAACAUGUGCCAGUGGUGAUAGAUUGAAGGAAGGUGUAUCCAUUAACAAGUCACUGCUUACAUUAGGAAAAGUGAUUGCUUCUCUUGCUGAAAACACAAAUAAUCGCAAACGAGGUUUCGUUCCAUAUAGAGAAUCCGUGCUUACAUGGCUGUUGAAGGAGAGCCUCGGCGGCAAUUCGAGAACAGCGAUGCUUGGGACCGUGUCGCCGGCCAACAUACACGUGGAAGAGACGCUUGCGACCCUUCGAUACGCUUGUCAAGCCCGAGCCAUUGUUAAUCGCAUACGAAUUAACGAAGAUCCGCACGAGAAACUGAUUCGCGAGCUGAAAGCGGAAGUUCAACGGUUACGCGGCGUCCGCGAAGGAUACGAGAAGCAAUUGGGGAUCGUGCCCCGAAGGCUUUUAGAUUCCAUUCAACCGAAUGGUGAAAAUAGUAAUGAGAUCAAGCAGAAACAACAGGAAAUCGACAAACUGAGGGAUCAGUUGAAGAAAACCGAGGAACAACUUUCCGCCACUCAGAUGACAUGGUCGAAAAGGCUACGGGAGACGGAGCAGAGGAAAAAUUCGGAGUUAAAGUAUUUGCGUCGCUGCGGGAUCGCUAUCGAAAUCGAUUUCCAAGAGAAGGAUAAACAGCCUUGUUUGAUUAAUCUUGCAGCCGAUCCUAUGUUGUCUGGAACACUGUUGUAUCUGAUUCCUCCUGGAUUGGUUCGCAUCGGCAAACAAUCUGGGCCCGAAGGUUCCUCCAAAAAUUUGGAUAUUAUGUUGGAUGGACCUCUCGUUAGACCUUUGCACUGCACCAUCGAAAAUAGUAGUGGGAAACUUUUAUUGUCCUCUGAAAUGGAUGGAGAUACCUAUGUCAAUGGACAGAUCGUAACUGGUAAAGUAGUCCUCAAGCAUGGUGAUCGCUUAGUAAUCGGCGGCAAUCAUUACUUCAAAGUCUCAAAUCCCUAUGACGGGCAUAGCAAUAUUCAGAUCUCCGCGCAAACCGUGGAUUACGAGUUUGCCUAUCAAGAAAUUCUUAAAGUGCAAGAGGAAAAAUUAAGAACCGAGCUUGAGGAAAGCAAACAAAAAGCUAUAAAGGAACUAGAGAACGCGAAACGUGAAGUUGAGGUACAAUUGGGAUCCCAAAAGUUAUCUUAUGAACGCAAGAUUGAAAUUCUUGGUUCUACAGUGGAAGAACAAAAGCUUGCAUUAGAACAGAUUCAUCAAAAACAGAAAGAAUUGGAAUUGGAGAAAGAGUUGCUUGUAAACGAGGUUGAAAUAAACAAUAGAUUAAAACAGAAGCAAUCCGAGGAAAAGAAAAUUAUUGUUACGCCGUAUAAAUCCAACUUCUUGGAAGAAUUAGAAAAUAUUUUGAGUGAGAAAACAGCAGAUGCUGAAUAUGCUCUUAAGAUGAAAGCAAGUGCCGAUGCGAUCAGCUGUGGUGGUAUUACUUUACAUGAAAUGCAAUUGCUGGUAAGAGAAGCUACCGAGCGAUGCAGGGAAGUCGGAAUUAAUUAUGAAUUCGAUCAACAACAAGUAAUUGUAAAUAAAAGUCUGAAACCAACGAUUCGUAUACGUAACAGAGAUUGCAUGAAGGAAACAUUAUUGCAGCCUAUGAAAUUUUUGGAUUGGGUACAUCGUUUGCGAGAUUACGAUAUAGAGGAUUCGAUCAAAGAAUUGUGUACAACAUUGGAUGGAACUUGGGAACGCUAUGAAAAUACAGAAACUUUUGAAGAUUCUUUGAAUAAUAGUCGAAUAUCUAUAAAUAUGACACCAGUGAAAAAGCACUUGAACGAAAGUUUACAGCAGCUGUCUGCGGAUACAUCAGUGCUAGGGGUUACAUUUAAUAAUCAGACAUUCGACGACACCAAGGGACAAGAAAGUAUAGACAACUGCCUUAUGCAAAUGGAGCUCGCUGCAAAAACUUUACGAAGACUGUGCGUUAAAAAUAAUGAAAUUCAAAGAGUUACAGAACCCCUUGACGACAUGCAGAAUAUUAUUGAUAAUUUGCGCAAAACGUUAGGGGUCAAAGGAUCACAUACACACGAAGAUAAGAGUCCAAAUCGUACCCAAAAUAACGAUGGAACUGUAAUUGAAAAGUCUGAUAAUAUAAACGUAAGUCCUUCGCAGGAUUACAGUAAAGAUCAUACAAAGCCCGUUAAUUCACCAUCGAAGUCCACAUUACGCAACAAUAAUAGAUUAUUCGAUAAAAUAAUUCAGAAAAAUGUGAGAUUCAAUGAUAAAUUAAAGAAAGAACUGACUUAGUUUAAGAAGAGAUAAUACUUAGAUUAAUUGAAUUUUUACAAGAGAUUAUAGUUAAAACAACUGAACAAAUUCUAUGAAUACUCUUGUGUGAAUAAAGAAUGUACAUUUCUUUACAAUAAUACGAAAGUUAUACAAGUUA